CAGAGAAAGAGAGAGAAGCACAGAGCUUCAGCUCCUGCUGGGUUGUUGUCUGCAUCCCAGGGCACGGGGAAGGAGGGGCGCUGGAGCCCAGAGAGAGCCAGGAUGCAGCCGGCCAGACCCGGCCCUCUGCCCAGGUCCCCGUCAGAGCAGGUUUUCUCCUGAACCCCACUGGAGGCGGAUUCAGUUCCACGAUGACCCUGAAGAACCACAUGUUUCAGAAUGUGGAUCGCGGCAGCCCAUGGCUUCUUCAGCCACUGACAAUUCUGCUGCUGUUGGCUUCUGCGGACAGGACAGCUGCCGAGGUCCCGCAGGCCGUGCUGAAGCUCCAGCCGCCGUGGAUCCGGGUGCUCCAGGAGGACUCCGUGACCCUGAAGUGUCAGGGGGCCCACGGCCCCGGGAACCACUCCACCCAGUGGCUCCACAACGGCAUCGCCAUCCCCAGCCAGGUGCAGCCCAGCUACACGUUUAAGGCCAAGAAGAACGACAGCGGGGAGUACAGGUGCCAGACAGGCCCCAGCAGGCUCAGCAACCCCGUGCAGCUGCACGUGUUUUCGGAGUGGCUGGUGCUCCAGACACCUCAGCUGGUGUUCCAGGAGGGGGAACCCAUCGUGCUGAGGUGCCACGGCUGGAGGAACAAGACUGUGAACAAGGUCACAUUCUACCAGAAUGGAAUAUCCAAGAAGUUUUUCAAUUACAACACCGACUUCUGCAUCGCUCAAGCAAACCACAGCCAUAGCGGUGAUUACUACUGCAAAGGAAACAUAGGAAAGGUGACCUACUCGUCAGAGCCUGUGACCAUCACUGUCCAAGAGCCUUCGUCCAACCCAGACGAUGACUCACUGGUGGUGACGAUUGUGGCGGUGGUCACUGGGAUUGUGGUCAUGGCUACUGUUGCCAUCGUAGCAGCCUUCGUCUACCUCAAACGCAGGCGGAGGUCAGCUCUCCCAGGAUACCCCAAGCCGGGGGGAAUGGGAGAGACCUUCCCAGAGGAAUCGGGUGAGUACAGCGUUCUCUAUGGGGACUCAGCCACAUCCCACCCCAGGCUGCCGAGUGGGUUGGAGCCAGCAGGAAGUGACUUGUCCCGUCCCAUGGAUACCGAGGAAGCUGCCAAAGCUGAGGCUGAGAACACGAUUACUUACUCACUUCUUAUGCACCCGGAGGCUGCCGAGGAAGAAGCAGAUUACCAGAACCGCAUCUAGUCUCAUUGCCUUGCCCUGAGGUUUGGGGCAGAGGAUGAGAGAGGCAAGGGCUGAUGUCACCUGGCCUACAUUGUCCUUGGGGACGAUGGGCGGAUGCCAUGGCUCCAGGGGAGAAGGACUCUUCCGGAGUUAUCUACGUGAGCCCUGAAGCUCCCGAAGCUCCAGCCCCAGCUGGCUGCCUGCGCUGCACCAAUGCCUUAGAGCUGUCCAUGUCCAGACUCUCUGCUAUGCAUCCACACAGCCAGUACAAUCAAGCACAUCACAGCCAGUACAAUCAAGCACAUCGCUGUCAGUGACACUUUGCAACAACAUGGACGUGGCUGAUGGUAUAGGCUACAUGAGAACAAUUGUACAAGCGUAUCCGAUUUCAGAAAUAUUACAAUAGACUAACACACAGCAGCAUAUGGAAAGUGAUUAUUUCAGGGUGAUGGAAUGUUUGGUGAUUUUUGUUUUAAUUCUUUAUUUUUCUAUAAAGGUCAUGUAUUACUUUUAUAAUAAAAUAGUAUUAAAAAGCC